CCCCCCCCCCCGCCCUGUUUAUUUUACGCAGUCGAGCACGGAAGAACCUCCGAUUCUUUUUUAAUCUACAACCAGAACCUUAAUAUUGGCCAUUUUUGAUAUUUUACGCAAAGCUGAAUCUCUGCGCGCAAAAUCCGCAAAUGGAGCCUGUCUCACGUUGGAUUUAACGUCCACCAAGAACGAAUGUUUCUGUGGAACCACACAUGGACCCGAUGGACUGGCUGGAGAACCACGAACUCUUGCGGUUUUUCCGCCGUCAUAAAACCGAAAUGUCUUGCAUGGAGAAGCCGCGCACGUUCCUCUGCCAGCUCAGGGAUCACGACCUGGUCCCUGAGGACCGAUACAAGAAGGUGAGCUGCAUGAGGAGUAAAGACAACAUGAGGAAAGGUCUCUAUGAAAUUCUGGACUGGUUUGAGAGAGAGCGAUCACAGAAGGUCAGAGAGUUCUGGAGCUGCGUGUUCAAGGACUCCAUCCUGAACCAGUAUCCCACGCUGCGACUGCUGCGCAACAGCCUCAUGGACGGGUCUUUCCAUUUUGACAUAUCAGAGAAGGUGGGGAAGGAAGAGUCAGACAAAGGGAAACGGAAGGCCCUCUCAGAUAGUGAGAAGGAAGAGGAGGAAGAGGAGGAGCAAGAAAAGUCUGUGACCAAGAAGAGAAAACUAAGAAGUAGGAGCGUGUGUCGCAACGACAACGAGGAGGAGCCGGCCGGUCCAUCGUCUCAGUUGACUCCCAGGAAAAGGUCCAAGAAAUUAUGCUUCUACGAGGAAAGAGAGGAACGGGCUGAGCAGCAGCCACAAGCCGGCCAUGACAAGAGGAUGUUCAAAGUCACAUGUGGAGCUUCAGACGGGACCUUGUACAAGAAACGAUUUGCGUCAGGGACUCGUGGGAAGAGUAUUCGCACUGAGACGAGCUGGAUGACCCCGGUGGAGUUCCUGGAGUUGGCACUUGGUCGGAAGGAUGCCUCUUGGAAGAAAGACAUUGAAUGUGAAGGGAAGCCACUCUUUGUCCUCAUAAAGGCCAAGACCCUGAGGAUCCACUCUCUGCUGUGUAAUUGCAGCCUGUGCAAACCAGAUGACGAAGACCAGAGGAAUCAGAAAAACGAUGAUGAGUGUUGCAUCUGUAGGGGGGAGGGAGACCUGGUGAUGUGUGAUAACUGCCCUCGCUCCUCCCAGACAUGUCACCUGCCUCAUGUAGAGACGGCCUUCUACGGUGAGGACAACAGUCCGUGCUUUUGUACGUUCUGCGUAUUCCGAUCCAAUGAACACUAUUUUGGUUCGGAGGAGCUGGAAAGCGCUCUGUCGUACAACAUAUCCCAACGCAUGUUGCAGUGUCAGUGUCUCCUUCUGUGUCUGUGGAGUGCUGAUGAGGAACAAAUAUUUGCUGCAAACCCAUGCCGCUAUUUGAUCGACUACUCCGAUGUGAUCGAGACUCCGAUGUGGUUCGGUCACAUAGCAGGAAAACUCCAGAAGACACUCUACCAGACCGUUGGAGAGUUUGUGACUGACGUCCGGCUCAUUUUCUCCAACUGUGCUUUGUACAACCGGGAAAAUUCUGAAGUUCUCGUCAAGGGCAACAGACUGAAGGAGUUAUUUGACAGAAAAUUUAAGAGUGUGUUCAACAUAAAAUAAAUAGGCUGUUGGCGCCGUGUUCUGGUGUCAAGUUACGCCCGUGUAAAGGUUGAGAAUAUUCAAACAUGCCUGUGCAAUAUAUAUAUAUAUAUACUAUGUGGUUGCAAUAUCUCAAAAUACAAUAUCUCAAAAUACAUUAUGGAAAGAAAAGUGUUUAACCGCACAUUUUUAAAACAACAAAAAUGGACCACCAGUUUUAAAAUGGAGGCAUUUAAUCUCAGUGUACAUUUCUAAACGUUUGCACUAUUUUCUUGUGUGUAACUCUCAACAUUUUUUAUCCCUUUUUUAAAAUAGUUUUACACCACUUGUGAUGAGGGUUUUCAAAAUGAAUGAAUGGAUUGUUAAAUUGUGAAGUCUGUUUGUCUGGCAACAGUGUCACCGCAAAGCCUUUUUAAGUGCAAUUAAUGUUCUAAUUUCUACUUUCUGUCUUGAUCGAUGUGUUGCUUGCUUGGGGAUGUAUGUUUUUAAAAUAAAAUCUUUAAUGGCAUCAACCAA